AUGGGGUUUCAUUUCUCAUCAUUCUCCAUCAUCCUUCAAAGUCCUAUUAUCAUUAUCAUCUUAAUCUCUUUGAUCCUCAAGUUGGGAAGAGAGAGAUUCAAAACUAAUGGCAGAGCAUCAAGUAAUAAUCUUCCACCAGGGCCAUGGAAGCUACCAAUUCUCGGAAGCAUCCACCAUCUCAUCGGCGAUCUUCCACACCGCCGCCUAACAAAACUCUCCAAAAAACAUGGCCCCAUAAUCCACAUGCAGCUCGGAGAGACACCAGCCAUAGUCAUUUCUUCACCGGAAAUCGCCAAACUGCUCUUCAAAACCCAUGACACCGCCUUCGCUCAACGGCCUCAGUUUCCCGCCAUUGAAGCUCUAACUUAUGGUUGGACAGAUCUUGCGUUUUCGCCAUACGGAAACUUCUGGAAGCAGGUAAGGAAGAUUUGCACGGUGGAAUUGUUGAGCACCAAGCGCGUUAGAUCGUUCAAGUUCAUAAGAAUGGAAGAGGUUUCAAGCUUAGUAAGAUCUGUCUCCAUGAACGUUGGUUCAUCCAUCAACCUCACUGAGAUGUUCUUGAACAUGUCAUAUAGCAUCAUAGCGAGAGCCACAUUCGGAAAGAAAACGAAGGAUCAAGACGCAUAUGUUUCUAUCAUCAAGGAAACUUUAACAUCUUCAUCACUUGCUUUUGGUGUUAGUAACUUGUUUCCUUCUCAGAAAUGGUUGCAUGUGAUUAGUGGAGUGGAACGUAAAGUGAAGGAGAUGCAUAGAACAUGUGAUAGGGUUCUUGAUGAUAUCAUUGAUGAAGCAACAUCAAAGAUAGAUGGAGAUGGAGAUGGUAGUCUUCUGGGUAUUCUUUUGAAAGUCAAAGAAAAUGGUGCUUGUGAAUUUCAAUUGACAAAUGACAAUAUUAAAGCUAUUCUUCAGGACAUGUUAAUUGCGGGAGGUGAAACUACAUCUUUAACUGUGGAGUGGAUUUUCUCUGAGAUGCUAAAAAAUCCAAGAGUGCUGAAGAAAGCACAAGCAGAAGUUAGGGAAGUUUUUGGUAACAAAGAUUUUGUUGAUGAGAUGGGUCUUGAAGAAUUGAAAUUUCUAAAAGCAGUGAUUAAAGAAAGUAUGAGACUACACCCUCCAACUCCUGUGUUACUUCCAAAAGAGUGUCUUAAAUGUUGUGAGAUUAAUGGAUAUACAAUACCAGUUGGAACUCAAGUGUUUGUAAAUGCAUGGGCAAUUGGAAGAGAUCCCAAAUAUUGGAGUGAAGCAGAGAGAUUCUAUCCUGAGAGAUUCCUGGAUAGUGAAAUUGAUUACAAAGGAUCCCAUUUUGAAUUCAUCCCAUUUGGUGCAGGGAAAAGAAUGUGUCCUGGUAUUUCAUUUGCUGAACCUAAUAUUGAACUUCCACUUGCACAAUUGUUGUAUUAUUUUGAUUGGGAACUUCCCUUGGGAAUUAGUCAUGAGAAUUUUGACAUGACUGAAAAUUUAGGCAGCACUAUGAGAAGGAAAAAUGAGCUAUUUGUGAUUCCCAUUGUCCACCAUAAUGUGCCACUUGAAUAA